CGAAGCGAGCGGGAGUGUUCUCUGGGUCUCUCUGUAGCAUCGGCCGCUUGAUCCCGAAUGAUCGAUGUCGAUGUCUCGCGAUGCCUCGCGAUGCCUACGAUGCCUCACGAUAAUGUCUGACGAUGACACUUCGCAUAUGCCUCCCUACCGCCUUGUCUGCCUGGGUGGUCAUCGCUUCGACGCCCACCACUCUACGAGGUCAAUGUUGGACAGCUUCGUCGCGAGGUGAUGCCAAGCAAAAUUCGGCCACGCACGCGCUGCUCGAGCGGGCUUCGAUUCAAAAAUGUCGAGGCGACAAGCACCAGGCAGCGUCACAGCUUGGGUCGGCUGCGUGUCGGCAGGCGUGCUUCCGCGAGAGCACUGGAGCAGAUGAAGCAUCGACGUCGCCCUGUCCGCUCGUGAGGCAAUCCAGGGCACGCAGCAUGGCCUCGAAAUGCUCGCACGCCUGCAGCGGCCAAGCACAGCACGCACGAACGGCUUGCGUGUUCGAGGGGGCAAAGCAUGAGGACAAGAGGGAGCAGGCGUUGCGGUCUUGGAGUGAGAUGCUGCAAAGCGGUUAGACUAGUGGCCAGGCUAGCCUCAAGUCAAGGCAGAAAGACAGCUCGAUGAACGACGUCCUGUAAUCCGGACCUUGAGGAUGCCGGGCUGUCGCUGCUCCUCGGUGCUCUCUGCUCUCUGCUCUCUGCUUCCUCGGCUGCCCGCCAAGCCAAGAGUGACCGCCGACUCGCUCGUCG